AUGCCGGGCGUUCCAUCUAGUCGAGGCUGUGAUGCCUGUCGCCUGCAGAAGAAAAAAUGCGACCAACUGAGACCUGCAUGUUCACGGUGUGUACGACUGAAUAUUGCCUGUGUUGGCGGCGGUCAGCAGCGGUAUAUGUUCAAGGUGCAUACAAUGACCUCGAUGGCGACGAGGACCCAGAGUGCCAUGUCCGUUGUUGGACAUCCUGCGAGGCCACCGGGUAACGAAUCAGUCACAGCUAUUCGGGCCUUUGUGUCGGUAUUGGAAAUAACCGAUCUCCGCUAUGAUUUGAGCACAUACGGUACCUUUCUACGGGACAUCCCGCAAAGAUUAGGAAGUAACCCAGCCCUAGACGCUGCUGUGGACGCUCUGACUUGUGCUUUCCCAUUUUUAAAGACUCGGGACUAUCCGCCUAAUGUGCUGACUCGCUACAACCAUUCCCUCCGCGCCCUAAGAUCAUGUUUAGAUGAUCCUGUUCAAGCGCAGACGUCUAAUACGCUAUGCGCCAUCUACUUAAUCGUGAUUUGCCAAGCCUGGCUCGGAUUAUAUCACAAGUAUCCAAACCACGGAGAAGCCAUGGCACACAUACUAAGAGCCGCUGCUCUACGCGAGUGGCAAAGUACUUUUGAUGCAGACCUGGUCACGACACUGUGUAUCCCUGUCAUUUUCGAAAGUAUCACCAAUCCAAACAUCAAACUAGAUGCACGUUUCUGGGAACAAGCAGCUGUCUUUUCACGCCGCAGCACUGUGAACAAUAUUGGUGAUUCUCCAAAACCAACGACCAAACUAUGCCAAAUGGGCCGGAUAUCAGAGUUUAUGCGGUUUCCAGAUAUACACCAUCACGAAAUCGCAGCAACCUACCAGUUACUUCGCAACGAUGCUUAUAGAAUGAUCAAUCAUCUGAUUCAACGGCGAGCAGGUAUGGAUUUAUCUACUUCCUCUGCAACAGUUAUUGCAUAUGCACGCUACCAGGCAGCAUGCUGUCUUAUCAUCUCGCUAUCCCUCAUAUUAAAUUGUCUCUUACGUGCAUUCGACGCCACAAAUUCCCUCCUAUGUGAAGAGGCGAGUGCUUUUUGUGAUGAAAUUAUAACUAUCGCAGAGUCAGUGUCCUGUCACCGGCCUCUAGGAUCCGGGUAUGCUGCGGUGUGUCUUGUGCCGGCAUGGGCGGCAACAGAUGAUCCACAGCAAUUGGCUCGUAUAGAGACCAUUAUGGCUGAGUAUCAACUCGACUUCAUUGACUUUAACUGGUCUGAUCGUGCAACGUGGCUGCGGUCUAGUUUUGAUACGUUGCGUCAGGGAGUCGCGAAGGGGGACCGUCGGAGAGGAUUUGAUCCUGGGAAGUACGGGACUGGCAAUGAGGCAUGUGUUAUUCUGUAG